AUGGCCGCAAUAGUUCAAGCAGGAAGGCUGGCGGCGCUGUUUGCGAUACUGUUUGUCCCAACGACGGCACGGCCAUGGGCGCUGAGGCGUGAGGCAAGCCAGGGCUCCGAGGCUACGGCGACGGAGGAUGUUGGCUCAAUCAUCACGAUACAUCCGUUCAGUUUGAGCCCCUCGGGCGAGUCGCAACUACUCGAAAGCUUGGAGUCAGCACUCAGCACGGUGCCUGCAACUAGUUACCCAAAGGGCACUUCUAGCGUCCUGGAACUGACGACGGCCAUCACCGUCGCCAUUCCCGCCACAUUACCGGCGCCUACUGCGCCAGCGGUGGUGACGGAGAUCGUCACAAGCACAACGACGACAACACCCUCCUCGCCCGCAAGCCUAAACGCAUUGUCCGUCCUCUCCGCAGCCCUACAAUCCUACCUCACAGCCCACACCACCGCCACCGUCCAACAAACAAUCACCGUGACCCCCGUCCAACCACCACCACCCACCACCACCACCAAUUCCCCCGCAGGCGCAGCAAGCGUGUUCAGCUCUCCCAUCUCAGACUCCUCCUAUUCAACAACAAUCCCCACCACCGCCUCCUCCACCGCCUCCUCCACCGCCUCCUCCACCGCCUCCUCCACCGCCUCCUUCCCCUCCUCCCCGCCAACCACCACCUGUGCCACACCCACACCCACAUCCAGCAGCAGCGACUCCCUCAACGCCCUCUCCGUCUUCUCCGCCGCGCUCGCCACAUACUCCACCUUCCCCACCUGGACCACCUUCGUCCCCCCUUCUUUUCCUACGACGACCGUGGCGGGGACGACCACCACCGUGACGCCGACAACCGCCACCGUGACGGGAACCGCCGCGACGAGCGCGAGCUCGAGCUUGAGUUCAGGGCCGUCGUCGUCGUCGGGCGGGGCGGCGGCAGGGACGGCCGGGCCUGGAAACGGGGGGUCGGUGACGGCGACGGCGACGGCGACGGCGACGGGGGCGGGGACGGGGACGGCGGGCGCAACGACUGGGACUGGUGAGGCGACGACGACGACGGGUACUGGUGGGAGCGGUGGUGGGGUGGCGAGUGUGAGUGUGAGUGCGAGUGCGAGUGCGAGUGCGAGUGCGACGGACGCAUCGACGGCGGGGGCGGCGGGUAUGGGGAGGGCGAUGGUGGGGGGUGGGGGGUUGGUGGUUGGGGUGGUUGUUGGGGUUGUGGGGGUGGAGUGGUUGUGA